UUCUUUUUCUUCUCGUCUUGCUCUUUUAAUUACUCUGACCGGGAGAGGUUUUAUCUAAACAAAAAGAAAACCCGACAUAUCCAUAUAUAUACAUAUACAUUAACGAGAAAGCGUCCCUUAUUUAAGCACACACACGCACCCAUACACACACACACACGGACAUAUAUCUAUCUCUUGUACAAAGUUUUAAAGCAUAAUAUUCUAAUAUAAUAUGGUUGACACAAAAAAUUUACCGAGUCAUUUUUUGGGUGGCAACUCUCUCGAUACUGCUCCUCAGGGUCCAGUUAGAGAUUUCGUCGAAGCUCACGAAGGUCACACCGUUAUCUCAAAAGUACUGAUUGCCAAUAACGGUAUGGCUGCCAUGAAAGAAAUCCGCUCUGUCAGAAAAUGGGCGUACGAGACGUUUGGUAACGAACGUGCUAUUGAGUUUACUGUCAUGGCAACACCAGAAGAUUUGAAAGCAAACGCUGAAUACAUCCGUAUGGCCGAUAACUAUGUUGAAGUCCCUGGUGGCACAAACAAUAAUAAUUAUGCUAAUGUUGAACUCAUUGUUGAUGUUGCCGAGCGAACCGGUGUACACGCCGUUUGGGCAGGAUGGGGUCAUGCUUCCGAAAACCCUCGUUUGCCUGAAAUGCUCGCCAAGUCAAAGCACAAGUGUGUCUUUAUCGGUCCUCCUGCAUCUGCUAUGAGAUCACUUGGUGACAAAAUUUCAUCUACAAUCGUAGCACAGAGCGCUCAAGUUCCUACUAUGGGCUGGAGUGGUGAUGGUAUUACCGAAACUGAAGUUGACGAAGCCGGUCACGUUGUUGUUCCUGAACGUGCUUACGAAUCGGCCUGUGUCAAGACAGCAGAGGAGGGUCUCAAGGCAGCUGAAAAGAUCGGUUUCCCCGUAAUGAUCAAGGCCUCUGAAGGUGGUGGUGGUAAAGGUAUUCGUAAGGUCGAAGAUGCUUCCAACUUUGCACACCUCUUCACUCAAGUUCAAAAUGAAAUUCCCGGUUCACCCAUUUUCAUCAUGAAGCUCGCUGGUAACGCACGUCACUUGGAAGUUCAACUCUUGGCUGACCAGUAUGGUAAUGCAAUCAGUUUGUUUGGUCGUGAUUGUUCCGUUCAGCGUCGUCACCAAAAGAUUAUUGAAGAAGCGCCUGUCACUAUUGCAAAGCCUGAUAUAUUUGAACAGAUGGAAAAGGCAGCUGUUAGAUUGGGUAAAUUGGUGGGCUACGUUUCUGCGGGUACCGUGGAAUACCUCUACAGUCAUCACGACGAUCAGUUUUACUUUUUGGAAUUGAACCCUAGACUUCAAGUCGAGCAUCCUACUACCGAAAUGGUCUCUGGUGUCAACUUGCCCGCUGCUCAACUUCAGAUCGCUAUGGGUAUUCCUCUUCACCGUAUUCGUGAUAUCCGUGUCCUUUACGGUCUUCAACCCAACAGCGCUUCAGAAAUCGAUUUCGAUUUUGAAGAUCCUUCCUCUCUCACUAGUCUUCGUCGUCCUGUCCCUAAGGGUCAUGUUAUUGCCGUUCGUAUCACUGCUGAAAACCCUGACGCAGGCUUCAAGCCUUCAUCCGGUAUGAUGCAAGAACUUAACUUCAGAUCCAGUACCAACGUUUGGGGUUACUUCUCUGUUGUCUCUGCUGGUGGUCUUCACGAGUACGCCGACUCUCAAUUCGGUCACAUCUUCUCUUAUGGUGAAAACCGCCAACAGGCACGUAAGAAUAUGGUCAUUGCUCUCAAGGAGCUCUCUAUUCGUGGUGAUUUUAGAACAACUGUUGAGUACAUCAUUCGCUUGCUCGAAACUCCCGACUUUGAGGAAAAUACGAUCAAUACUGGUUGGUUGGAUAUGCUCAUUUCCAAAAAGAUGACCGCCGAGCGUCCCGAUACUAUGCUCGCUGUUUACUGUGGUGCUGUCACCAAGGCCCACAUGGCUGCUCAAGCAUGCUUGCAGCAAUACAAGCAAUCUCUUGAGAAAGGUCAAGUUCCUAGCAAGAGCACUCUCAAGACUGUGUUUAGCGUUGAGUUCAUUUAUGAGGAGGUUCGUUUCAACUUCACUGUCACUCGUUCUGCUCCUGGUGUCUAUACCCUCUACUUGAACGGUACCAAGACCGAAGUUGGUGUACGUGAUCUUUCCGAUGGUGGUCUCUUGAUUUCCAUUGAUGGAAAGUCUCACACAACUUAUUCUCGUGAUGAAGUUCAAGCCACACGUUUGAUGGUCGAUGGUAAGACUUGUCUUUUGGAAAAGGAAAGUGAUCCCACCCAAUUGAGAAGUCCUUCUCCUGGUAAACUCGUCAACUUGCUUCUUGAAAACGGUGAUCAUGUCAAGGCUGGCCAAGCUUAUGCUGAAAUUGAAGUAAUGAAAAUGUACAUGCCUCUCGUCGCUGCCGAAGACGGUCAUGUUCAAUUCAUUAAGCAAGCUGGUGCUACACUUGAAGCUGGUGAUAUCAUUGGUAUCCUUUCUUUAGAUGAUCCUAGCCGCGUUAAGCACGCUUUGCCCUUCAACGGUACUGUCCCUGCCUUCGGUCCUCCUUAUCUCAUUGGUGACAAGCCAAUUCAACGCUUCCGUGCUACUAUGGACAUUCUCCAAAAUAUUCUUCAAGGUUAUGACAACCAAGCUCUUGUUCAAACCGUCGUCAAGGACUUGACUGACAUCUUGAACAAUCCCGAAUUACCUUACUCUGAAAUGAAUUCUGUCUUCUCUGCUCUUUCAGGCCGUAUCCCUCUUCGCUUAGAGACCGCUUUACAUAAGUUGUUUGAUGAGGCGAGGGCUGAAAAGCGUCCAUUCCCUGCUCAAGAAUUUGAAAAGAUGGUUGAAGACUACGCACGUGAAAAUAUCAAGCUUCAAUCCGAAGCUACUGCUUACAAGAACUCACUUGCACCUUUGACGAGCAUCUUUGAACGUUUCAGAAAUGGAUUGAAGGAACACGAGUAUGCUGUCUAUGUGCAAUUGAUGGAACAAUAUUAUGAUGUUGAAAUUCUGUUCAGUGGUCAGCAACGUGAGGAAGAGGUUAUCUUGGCUCUCAGAGAUCAAAACAAGGACGACUUGGAUAAAGUAUUGGCCAUCAUCUUGUCUCAUGCAAAGGUGAACACCAAAAAUAACCUCGUUUUGUUGCUGCUUGAUCUCAUCAGCCCCGUGGCUAAUGGUGCUGCAUUUGACAAGUUCUUUAUGCCCAUUCUGAAGCGUUUGUCUGAAAUUGACAGCCGAGCUACUCAAAAGGUGACACUCAAGGCUCGUGAACUUUUGAUUCUCUGCCAACUGCCUUCUCACGAAGAACGCAAGGCUCAGAUGUAUCAGAUCUUGAAGAGCUCUGUGACUGAGCCUGUUUAUGGUGGAGGCAUCGAAUACCGUACACCCAGUUAUGAUGCCUUCAAGGACCUUGUUGACACCAAGUUCAACGUAUUUGAUGUCUUGCCUCCUUUCUUCUACCACGAAGAUCCUUAUAUCGCUUUGGCUGCUCUUGAAGUAUACUGUCGCCGUUCUUACCAUGCUUACAAGAUCUUGGAUGUUGCUUACAACCUUGACCGCAAGCCAUACAUUGUUGCCUGGAAGUUCUUGCUCCAAACUGCUGCCAACAAUGUUGAUCCCAGCAAGCGUAUUGCUUCCUACUCUGACUUGACCUUCUUGUUGAACAAGACAGAAGAAGAACCUAUUCGUACUGGUGCUAUGACUGCCUGUAACUCUCUUGAAGAUUUGCAAAGCGAGCUGCCUCGUAUCUUAACUGCCUUUGAAGAAGAGCCUCUUCCUCCCAUGCUUCAACAAAAGCGUGAAGCUAGCGAAUCUCGCAUGGAAAAUAUUCUCAACAUUGCUCUCCGUGCUGGUACCGACUUCGAUGACUCUGUCAUGAGAAGCAAGAUCUCUGAGCUCAUUGCUGCUCAUGCUGAACAAUUCCGCAAGGCUCAUCUUCGUCGUAUUUCCGUUGUUGUCUGCCGCGAGAACCAAUAUCCCGAUUACUACACUUUCCGUGAACGCGAAAACUAUCAAGAAGAUGAAACUAUUCGUCACAUUGAACCUGCUAUGGCCUAUCAACUCGAACUGGCUCGUUUGUCUAACUUUGACAUCAAGCCAUGUUUCAUUGAAAAUAGACAGAUGCAUGUCUACUAUGCUGUUGCUAAAGAAAACCCCUCCGACUGCCGUUUCUUCAUUCGUGCCUUAGUUCGUCCUGGUCGUGUGAAGAGCUCGAUGCGUACUGCUGAUUACUUGAUUUCUGAAAGCGACCGCUUGCUCACCGAUAUCUUGGAUACACUUGAAAUCGUCAGCCAUGAAUACAAGAACUCGGACUGUAAUCACCUCUUUAUCAACUUUAUCCCCACCUUUGCUAUCGAGGUAGAUGAAGUUGAGCAUGCCUUGAAGGACUUUGUUGAUCGUCACGGUAAGCGUCUUUGGAAGCUUCGUGUCACCGGCGCCGAAAUUCGCUUCAAUGUUCAAUCUAAGAGACCUGAUGCGCCCAUCAUUCCUAUGCGUUUCAUUGUGGAUAACGUCUCUGGUUUCAUCUUGAAGGUAGAUGUCUACCAAGAAAUCAAGACGGAAAAGAGCGGCUGGGUUCUCAAGUCACUCAACAAGAUCCCUGGUUCCAUGCACAUGCAACCCUUAUCUACUCCUUACCCUACCAAGGAAUGGCUCCAACCUCGUCGAUACAAGGCUCACUUGAUGGGUACUACCUACGUCUACGACUUCCCCGAACUCUUCCGUCAAUCUGUCCAGAACCAGUGGACACAGGCAUGCAAGCGUGACCCUUCACUUAAGCAGCCCAGCCAAUUGGUCGAAGCCAAGGAAUUGGUGCUUGACGAAGACAACGUUCUUCAGGAAAUUGACCGUGCCCCUGGUACCAACACCGUCGGUAUGGUUGCUUGGAUCAUGACUCUUCGUACCCCCGAGUACCCCAGUGGCCGUCGUAUUAUUGCCAUUGCUAAUGAUAUCACCUUCAAGAUCGGUUCAUUCGGCGUUGCUGAAGACAUGGUCUUUUACAAGGCUUCAGAACUUGCUCGUAACUUGGGCAUUCCUCGUGUCUAUCUGUCUGCCAACUCUGGUGCCCGUAUUGGUCUUGCUGAUGAGCUCAUUGGUCAAUUUAGAGCUGCAUGGAAGGAACCUUCUGAUCCUACCUCUGGCUUCAAGUAUCUCUACUUGACUCCUGCCGAUUAUGAAACCCUCUCUCGUCAAGGCGAUACCAAGAGUGUUCUUGUUGAAGAAAUUGAAGAUGAUGGAGAAAAGCGUCUUCGUAUCACUGAUGUUAUUGGUCACACAGAUGGUCUUGGUGUCGAAAACUUGAGAGGCUCUGGACUUAUUGCUGGUGAAACUUCUCGUGCCUAUGAUGACAUCUUCACCAUUACUUUGGUUACAUGCCGUUCUGUUGGUAUUGGUGCUUACCUUGUCCGUCUUGGUCAACGUACAGUUCAAAAUGAAGGUCAACCUAUCAUUUUGACAGGUGCUCCUGCCUUGAAUAAGGUACUUGGUCGCGAAGUCUACACGUCCAACUUACAAUUGGGUGGUACCCAGAUCAUGUACAAGAAUGGUGUCUCUCACUUGACAGCUGAGAACGAUUUAGAAGGUAUUGGCAAGAUCGUUCAGUGGUUGUCCUUUGUUCCUGCCGUUCGUAACGCUCCUGUUACGAUGCGCAUUAGCACUGACCCUGUCGAUCGUGAUAUCGAGUACACUCCUCCCAAGGGUCCUUCAGAUCCUCGUUUCUUCUUGGCCGGUAAGAACGAAAAUGGCAAAUGGCUCAGUGGUUUCUUUGAUCAAGACUCUUUUGUCGAAACUUUGAGCGGCUGGGCUCGUACUGUUGUCGUUGGUCGUGCUCGUUUGGGUGGUAUUCCUAUGGGCGUUGUCUCUGUAGAGACCAGAACGGUUGAAAACAUCGUUCCAGCUGAUCCUGCUAAUGCUGAAUCUACCGAGCAAGUGUUUAUGGAAGCUGGUGGUGUAUGGUACCCUAACUCUGCUUACAAGACAGCCCAGGCCAUCAACGACUUCAACAAGGGUGAACAGUUGCCACUGAUGAUCUUUGCCAACUGGCGUGGUUUCUCUGGUGGUCAACGUGAUAUGUACAACGAAGUGUUGAAGUAUGGUGCUCAAAUCGUUGAUGCUCUUAGAAGCUACAAGCAACCCGUCUUUGUUUACAUUGUGCCUAAUGGUGAACUCCGUGGUGGUGCCUGGGUCGUCGUUGAUCCUACUAUCAACAAGGACAUGAUGGAAAUGUACGCUGAUACUCAAGCUCGUGGUGGUGUCCUUGAACCUGAAGGUAUUGUUGAAAUCAAGUACCGUAAGCCCCAAUUGUUGGCUACAAUGGCUCGUUUGGACGAAAAGUAUGGUGCUUUGAAGAAACAAUUGGAAACUCCUGAUAUCACUGCUGAUCAGAAGGCUGAGGUUCAAAAACAACUGGAUGCCCGUGAACAAGAACUAUUGCCCAUCUAUCAACAAAUUGCCAUUCAAUUCGCUGAUCUUCACGAUCGUACUGGCCGUAUGCAAGCCAAGGGUGUAAUUCGUAAGCCUAUCGAAUGGCGUCGUGCUCGUCACUACUUCUACUGGCGUGUCCGUCGUCGUCUUUGUGAAGAAUAUACCUUCCGCAAGAUUGUCACUGCCUCAAAUGGUGGUAUGUCUCGCGAAAAGAUGUUUAACCUUGUCAAGCAAUGGUUUGAAAACGAUCAUGCUUCAGUCUCUUUCGACGAUGCUGAUGAGAUUGUUGCAGAAUGGUUCGAUAAGCGUGCUAGCGUUAUUGAGCAACGUAUCAGCAAGUUGAAGAGUGAAGCAGUAAAGGAGCAAAUCAUUUCUCUUGCUGCUGCUGAUCAAGAAGCCGUUUUGGAUGGUUUUGCUAGUAUUUUACAAAACAUGAGCGAAGAAACAAAGGCAGACAUCUUGAAGAAAAUUAACUCUAUGAUUUAAGUGUAAUUUUUGUAUUUAUAUAAAAUUGAAUAAAUUUUGUUUUAAU